UGCAACGUCUGUGGGUCCUUUGGUUCCGCGAGGGGUGUGUUUACACUGAAGUCACUUCAGUUUGCUAAGGGGGAUCAAGUUGUGAAACGGCAGCAGUCACCAUGUUUCACGGAAUACCUGUCGCAGGAGCUCCUGCCAAUAAACCUGAAUUGUAUGAGGAAAUAAAAUUGUACAAGAAUGCCAGAGAAAGAGAGAAGUUUGACAACAUGGCAGAGCUGUUUGCUGUGGUGAAGACACUUCAGGCCCUGGAGAAAGCUUACAUCAAAGACUGUGUGACUCCUAAUGAGUACACGGCUGCUUGCUCCAGGCUGCUGGUGCAGUACAAGGCUGCUUUCAAACAGGUCCAGGGAUCUGACGUGGGUUCUAUCGAUGACUUCUGCAGGAAGUACAGACUUGACUGCCCGCUAGCUAUGGAGAGAAUCAAGGAGGAUCGUCCAAUCACCAUCAAGGAUGACAAGGGCAACCUGAAUCGCUGCAUUGCCGAUAUCGUAUCGCUCUUUAUCACGGUGAUGGACAAGCUACGUCUGGAGAUCCGGGCCAUGGAUGAGAUCCAACCAGACCUGAGAGAGCUGAUGGAGACCAUGAACAGAAUGAGCAACAUGCCCCCAGACAAUGAGGCCAAGGACAAAGUCACCCUCUGGUUGACCACUCUCAGCAGCAUGUCAGCCUCUGAUGAGCUGGACGACUCCCAGGUUCGCCAGAUGCUGUUUGACCUGGAGUCCGCCUACAACGCCUUCAACCGCUUCUUACACUCCUCCUAAUCUACCCACAUCCAGGACUGUUCUCACCUUUCUUAUAUCAUUGUACUAUCCCUUCCUCUCCUCUCUCGCUACACGUCUCAGAUGUCAUCAUUUGUGGUCUGUAUUAUUCCAUUGAAUAGUAUCUUUCUUCCUCCA